UUCAAAGAACGCACCCAAAUGGUGUUAUUUGGAGUAUGAAAGUGACAGUAAAAAUAUUUCAUUUCACUUACUUUAAUUACUCCUGUAUCUUGUGUCUCACUCUUUGCCAUUAGAACAGACUCUAAUUUUAUAAAAAUAAGAAAUGUCAGUGUCAAUAUUGAACUAUCUGUCAAAACGUUUGGAUUUGGUGUUUGCUACUGUCAUAAUUUUGCUAUUUAUUUGUGAGUGAAAGUGUUUUUGUUAAAAAUGCUUUUUGUUUGCUUCUUUAAUACGUAAGAAGACAGGAAAACUAAAUAUUUUUGUAAGAAAUAAUGUGAAAUAAGUUAAAGCAAUGAGUGUGUUCGGUGAUUUUCAACAAGUUUGGCUGCAAAGGUUUCCCGACAGUCCUCUGCCAGGUGCCUGGGAGGAAGAUGUCAGGGCGAAUUUAGCAAAACAUAAACAAAAGGUGUUAAUUUUAAAGGAAGAGUUAGAAAAGGAGGAAUUCUACGUUGAAUACCUAGAAAGAUUGUUAAGCGAUGUCGAGGAACACAAGAAAAAAAUAUCCAAAGAAAAAAGUGAUGAAUCUGAUGAUGUCAUUGGAGAUACUAUAUCUAAAACUGAAGUCAGUAAACCAUCCACUAUAUCAUUAAAUGUUGAGGAAACAGAAACUAUUUCUGCUAAUAUGUGCGUCAAUGAAAUAUCCAAGCAGUUAAUUGCUAGUGAAGUUCCAGAAAAGUAUGAGCCAACAGCUCCACCUGAUCCAGAUCCGGGAACUUUUGUAACUGUUAUCGAAGUCAACGGAUUGAAGCAGAAUACUUCACCUGUUAAAAUACCUCCCAAAGUUCCACAGAGACCCGAUUCUUUGAAAACCAAACCAAAAACAAGCACUAGUGAUUCCAGAUCUUCGUCAUCUGAAUUUCUUGCUAAUAGCGAUGAACCUUAUUACGAUAUGGUAGCUCAAGAUGAAGAUUUUGUAUUAAAAAGUAAUCAUUCCAGUACAGAAAACGUGUUCAGCUCUACUAGUACUCUUCCUUUGGAGUCAAAGAGAGAUUCCACUCAAACAGUGCAGGAUCCUCAGUCUCCGGGAACCUCAAAUUAUGUCAAUAUUGAGUAUUUUAUUCAACCUAAAAAGAAUGGUAAUGGGCAUAGUAGUAGUGAAGAUGAACACGAGGAAAUAGCAGAACUAAGAAGACACAAUGAUAAUAGUUCCUAUGCAAGUUCCAGUUCUUUAGAGUCGGUAACACCAGCAUCCAGGCGAAAGUUUAGCCAUGAUGGUGGUGACGCCAAGGAGGAAAAAGAUAGAAUGUACAAAAGUAUUUUUUAUAACAUAACAGACAGUGAAACAAACUACGUGGAUUGGUUAAGUUUUUUAUUAAAGUAUAUGAAGGCUAUUCAAGCUACCAUAGGAACGUCUCAGCCCAUCGUAAGCGAGACGGAAUUAAAUAUAAUUUUCUACAAAAUUCCGGAACUGUAUAACUUACACGCAAACUUUUUAGAGGCUCUUAAAAGACAUAUUCAAAAUUGGGAUACGAGGAUAGGGGAGAAUUUUAAAAUGAUGGCUUCAAAUUUAUCCUUAUACGGGGCAUUCCUAAGCAACUACGGUCUCGCGUUGGACACUGUUCGAAAAUGCAGCGCUGCCAACGUUCAAUUCAGCGAAAUUUCCAAAAAUAUCACCUGCAAGCAACUGUCGGGUCAGCCAAUUAGUCUGGAGGAUCUGUUACACAAACCAGUAGCGAGAGUUCAAAAAAACGCUUUAGUUUUGCACGAUCUUUUAAAAUUCGUCCCGCCUUCCCACCCGGAUCAUCAUAGUUUAGCGGAAGCGUUAAAUCUGACUCAGAACUUUUUGGAUCAAUUCAACAUGAUCCAGACGAAAUCUAUGUUUCCUGCAUCGGAUAGAGCGCAAAGACGACUAGUAAAAAAUUCAUUUAUAGUAGAAUUUGUUGAUAAUCAUCGAAAACUGCGACAUCUAUUUUUAUUUAAUGACGUUAUUGCUUGUGCCAAAUACAAGACUGCUGGACGCAACGAAAAAUAUACGUUUGAAUUAAAAUGGUUCAUACCAGUAGAAGAUAUUUUAACAUUAGAAGAAACCACUGCUAACUUACACGAAGUAUCACAAUCAAAUAUAGUAGCUUUAAAAUCCCAAGCAUCAAAUGUCAGGGAUCAGUUAAGACAAGAAGAAAGGUCUAAUGAAGACAAGAAUCGUUCAAAACUUCUCCGAGGCUCGGACAAAUAUAGAAAAAGACUGAUAGAACUAGAAAGCCAGCUGGUACUUGUCUCCCCGAACCUCGUCUACAGGAUCAAACACAAAGUGACGGGCCGUACUUACAUGUUCUUCUUAUCGUCCGACUUCGAACGAACGCAAUGGAUCGAAGCAAUUCUAACGUUGCAAAAGACUGAAAGGACCGGGAAGUUCGCGGCGCAGCCGCAUAACAUGCUUGAACUGCAAGCGUGGAUAACUGCCUGUAGACAAUUUUUGAAGACGAACAUGGGUUCGUAUCUGUUGAGGAGCGGGAACGAUGAGAGUUUAUUGGUUGGAGAUCUGCAUGUUUAUAUUUACGAUUUGACUGGUUUGGAGUAUUCCUGUGAUUUAUAUAUAGUCGUCGAAGUGGACUUUUACGGCCACUUCUUCCAAAAAGCCAAAACGAAAAUUAUAUGCAACACGAACAAUCCUCAGUGGAACGAGAAUUUCGUCAUCGACCUUGAAGGUUGCGAAAAUCUUCGAAUACUAGUUUACAGAGAUGGCACCACGAAUCCAACUCUGUUCGGAAAACACACGCAGACGCUGAGCAGAAAAUGGCUGAAUGAACACGUCAAAGACAAGAAGCUAUCGAUAAACGGAUGUACGUUGAAGAUGGGUCUUAAAUACAUUCCUUGUGAGAUUAGUGUAAGGAGGGUACCGACUGGAAAAACUGGGGCCUUAUUUGGGGAGAAAAUUCAGGCUGUUUGCAAGAGACAGAAACGAAACAUUCCAUUUAUUGUUACGGCGUGUAUAAGGGAAGUAGAGAGGAGAGGUAUGGCGGAAGUUGGAAUCUAUAGGGUGUCCGGUUCUUCGCUUGAUAUAACCAAAUUAAAAAAAUCUUUUGAAACAAAUUCCUAUGAGGCUGAACAACUUCUAAAAGAAGUAGAUAUCCAUUCUGUGACUGGUAUUUUAAGAUUAUACCUAAGAGAACUACCCGAAGCUUUGUUUACUGAUUUCCUUUACCCGGAACUGUUGGAAGCUUUCAAUCAGAGCAAUGGUAACUUAAAACGUAGGACUGAAUUACUUAAAGAAUGCUUCCAGAAACUUCCACCGCAAAAUAGUGAAACCAUUAGUUUUAUAUUGGACCAUUUAAUAAAGGUUCAUCGACACGAAAGCGACAACAAGAUGUCGCUGCAUAAUUUAGCGACCGUCUUCGGACCGACGCUACUGCGUCCCGGUGUUAAAGCCGACAACACUAAACAGAAAGACACUCUGGCCACGGGCACCGUUGACGUGAUGGCCCAGGCCGGAAUCCUCUACUGCUACCUUCAGGAUCUCUUGAACAACUCGCAGAGAAUAUGCAGAUGAGGGGAACUAACCAAAACCAAAUCUGUACGUAGUUUCUGGAUUGAGGUUUGUUUUGCAGUGUGGAGUAAGAGAAAAAUUAGUCCCGAAUUUGAGUUUGUUUUUAUUUAUUUUAAACAUUUUUAAUCCAUAUAGAAUAAAAAAUUAAACAAAAUUUAUAUUUAAAUGAUAAUUAUUAUUAGAUGCAUUUGUUUUUUUGCAUUACAGAUAAUAUAACUACGAUGUUAUUGGUCAUUGUGUUUUUUUUUAAAGGAUGACCUUAUUAAUUAAUAUGGUCAUGUUGAUCUUUUCCAAUACACUGUUUGUGGACACAAUGCAAUAUUAGUUGAAAGUCGCCCAAUGAGUCACCUGUGAGAUUUACGUGUGUUUUAAAACUUCUUGUAAACCAAUUAUUUAAUUGCUUAGAUGUGAAAAUUGCUUAGACAUGUAUAGAUACUGGGAAUAUUCACUGCUAUACGGUACAUAUACAUAAUCACAUAUCCAACGCUAUUGUCCUAAAAAUAUUCCACGACAAAACAUUAAUUCAUUCUAAAUCAAUCAAUUCAUUCACAUUAAUUCUAAAUAAUGGUUCAAAUCUUCAUUCCACAUAAUUUUGUUGCUAUAGCGGUCUCUGGUAGCGUUGAUUGCCGCCAGAUUUUCCGUAGAUUACGCGUAGUACGCUUGACCAUGGUAUGCUACUAGGUUAUACCAGUUUUAGUCCAUAAGUCCAUAGUUACUUAUAGUCCAUAAGUCCAGAAUCCUCUAUAUAAUAUAUUUUACCAUUCAAUUUUUUUCACUAUAAUAAAUUACAAAUAUACCCACCAUCAUCAUCUUCAUUCUCUUUGCCUUAUCCCUAUGCGGGGUCGGCUUCCCUAAUUGUAUUUGUCCACACAAUUCUAUCUCGGAUCAUAUCAAUGUUAUUCCCUUUACCAACAUGUCCUGCCUUAUUGUCUCCCCCAGGUCUUCUUUGCUCUUCCUCUCCUACUCCUUCCAGGAAUCUGCACUUCAGCUAUUCUUCGUAUUGGGUGAUUAACGUCUCGACGUUGAACAUGACCAACCCAUAUUAACCUAUGAUCUCUCAUUUUGGCACCAACUGGUGCCACACCUAGACUUCCCCUAAUAUACUCAUUUCUAAUUUUAUCCUUCUUUGUCACUCCACUCAUCCAUGUAAGCAUUCUCAUUUCCGCCACAUGCAUUCGUUGUUACUCUUUCUUUUUCACUGCUCAACAUUCAGUUCCGUACAUAAUAGCCGGUCUUAUGGCUGUUUUAUAGAAUUUUCCAUUCAGCUUCAUUGGAAUUUUUCUGUCACACAACACACCAUUCGUUUCUUUCCACUUCAUCCAUCCAGCCCUAAUUCUACUGCAUGCAUCUCCAUCUAUUUCUCCAUUACUCUGUAAUACCGAUCCUAGGUACUUAAAACUAUUGCUUUUCACAAUCAUUUCACCAUCCAAAGAUACGAUUUUAUUUGUAGUAAAUCCAUCUUUAAAUGACCAUCCAAAUACUCUGUUUUGUCCUACUAAGUUUUAAACCUUUUUCCUCCAGAGCUUGUCUGCACUGUUCCAGUUUUUGUUCUAAGUCUCUUUCAGUAUUUUCUAUUAACAGUAAAUCAUGAGCAUACAUUAGACACCAUGGAAUGCUACCCUGUAGUUUCGCUGUUAUCUGGUCCAAAACUAAUGAGAAUAAAUAAGGACUAAGCACCAAGCCUUGGUGCAAUCCUACUUUCACCUGAAAUUUAUCAGUCUCUCCCACACCUGUCCUAACACUAGUCGUUACUCCCUCUCACAAUCUUUACAUAUUCGCCAGGGACUCCUUUCUUAUUGAGUGCACACCACAGAAUCUCUCGAGGAACUCUAUCAUAUGCUUUCUCAAGAUCAAUGAAUACCAUAUGAGCGUUGGUCUCUUUAUUCCUGUAUUUUUCCAUCAGUUGCCUUACAAUGAAAAUUGCAUCUGUUGAUAUAAAAUUAGAGAAAUAUGAGUGAAAAUAUUAUUUAUCUUCACACGUUCAUAUACCCCAAUGAUUUGUCUUAAAACUCCCUAUAGAAGAGAUGUCCAUUAAGGAGGUAAAGAGGGAAAAGUAGGUUGGUCCCGCCAACAUAUUUUUUAUGUCCUUUAGAAUAGCUGCAAUGGAAUAAUUUUGACAUUUGGACUUCAAUUUUUCUUAACUUAACACUACCAAAAAAUCAAACCGUGUAUUACACCGUAUAUAUAUUUGUAUACAUACAUGCAAUGUGACUGUAAUUAUUCAUAUUAGUUUUUAGUAUAUUUUGUAUAAAACAAUAAGCAGAACAAAGUUCGGAAUGUGUGGCUAGUUUCGUUUUUAUUUGUCUUAAUAAGAUUAAAUAUUUAUGAGCAUUAAAAAUAUAAAUUAGUAUUUUUAUGUUGAAUAUAAGUACAAAGUGUUUAUUUAGAAGAUAAAAGGGUGAAUAGAAAGUGUUUUAUUUUCUCCAUAAUUAGUUCGAUUAUUGUUGAGUCAUUACGACUUAGUGUAAAUUAGUUUAAAAUUCUUAAAAAAUUGGAAAAAAUAGCAGGAAUAAAAAUGAAAAUAUCUAUUUAUGUGUUCAUAGAUCAUUGCUGAUUGCAAGUAGAAACAAAUAAAAUGUUCUACUUCUAUUCUUUCUUAAACGUAUCUCCUCUUCUAUUACCUUUAAGCCUGAUUUAUGUUAGGACGGGACGUGUACGACACGGACCAUGGAACAACCGGGCUCAGCAUGGUGUUUUCAUUUAAGGCUUAUUUAUGUUAGAACAGGGCGUGCACGAUACGUGCCGUAGAACAUUAGAAAGCGCACGUUCCCGGUGUCGUCCCGUUCCGUUUUAUGAUAAACUAGCCAAUGCUUUUCAUAUCAUACCAUUCUUCAACGUGCCCCGUAAGACAGCCGUGUCGUCCAAGUCCGGCUUAAGAUCUCGAGCAACACAUUCUUCACAAGAACUUCACUUUGAUUGUGAAAAGGAUUUAAUCACAUUUUUUCGGUACUGUUAAGCAUCGAUUGUAAGUUAUUAACAACAUAUACAUUUUAUAAUAAUUGAAACAACGAAAAGAUUAAGAUAAACGUUUAUAUUAAAAAUGGUUGACUCUUUAAGACUUUAGAAGCCGACAGAGAUCAAGCAAUAGUGAUUCGAACAAGUAGUUUUAGUUUAUCAGAAAUAUUUUUGACCGUAGCUCAAAAUGUCUUUAUCUAGUCACACCAUCUUUGGUGCAGCAACUGCGUCCUUAAAUAAAUGAUAUUAUAUUUUUAUAAACAUAAACGUAAAAUUAAUAUGAAAAAGUCAAAUACACAGUGUAGCCAGAGUCCUAACUUCACUCUUAGAGUACCCGAUAUCCAGUAUAUAUAGAAUGAUAAAAACAUCAUCUACUAAAAGGACAUAUCAAUAUAUGGGACUUCAUAAACCGUACACUAUGGCGUUACAGCUCAAGACUGAAUGAAUUUUAACAAGCUGUGAUGAUCUCGGGAACAAAUUCAGUCGAAUACAGGAUUCUUUUUUAUAAGACAUUUAUUUUAAAACCAAACACAAAAUAUAAGUAGACCAGGACUAAUCUAAAAAACGUGUAUUUUUGGAUGUGAGAGGUUGCAUUCGGAUUGUUGCAGAUAAAGUUAGGUGACACCUUCAGUAAUAAUUGACUUAUGCUCCUUCUCAAAUAUGCCCGGAACAUUAAUAAAAAAAUUUAUAUAUUUAAAAAUUUCGAAAAACGUCGAUUUUGUUCUGCUUUCUUUGCUUAUAACUUUAAAACGGUUCGUUUUGGAAUAAAGUCGUAGAGAAAUAAAAUAAAGAUAAUUGAAUUUUGUAUGAUAUACGAUUGGUCAAAAAUAUCUUAAGGUAUUACCUUUUCUGCAAUAUAACAAUAAAUAUAAAAUAAGGGAGCAAAAUACGCCUGUUGUUAUUCAAUGUUUCUUAACCACUUUGGUGGCACUUAGAACCUUAGUAAUUCGCUUAGAAAAUUCUUAUAACUUACUUAAAUGCUCUACCAAAUUUCAUUAAAAUCGACCUAAUCUGCAUAAUAAAUUUGCAAUGUAAAUGUUUUUAAAAAAGUUCAAAUUUUUUAAAAUCUUUCCGAACAAAAAGUAGACCAUUUAAAAGUUGGCUAAUUUUUUUACAUAUAAAGAGGUGCUCUACCUAUCUAAUACAUUUUACAGAAUUAAAAUCGGAUUAUUUAAGGGGCCUCAGCAAUGUUUUUAAAUUAUAAACAAUUUUUUUGCUUAUAAACAAAUAGCUUUGUUUAAUAAUAAAAAAAUUAAUUUUUAGUAAUGCAAAUAAUUAAAACCGGUAUAAUUUGACUUAAACUUUCAAAUGCUGUCAGCAGAAUUGCUAUUUUAUUUUUUAAUCAAAAGUUAUUAUCGUUCAAAAAUUGCAAUUUUUCGAUUUUUUGAAUGUCUACCGCGUUUAUCUCGAAAACUAUGCGUCCUACGAAAACACUUGUAAGAACAUUUUUUGUUUAGAAUUACCCAAGAAAUACAAAAAAAUGUUUUAUUUUGCGAAAAAUCGAUGUUAUGUAAUUCCUGUAAGUUCUUUGUUUAUAACAAUCUUAUCGAUCAACUUCGAUAACAAUCUAUAACAAUUUUAUAACAAUCUUAUCGAUAUGUCGAUCAACUGUUACCCAAAAAAUUCGUGUUCUACGGGUCAAAAUACAUAAAAAAAACUUGGGUAAGUCCAUCUAAAUAAAGGAGCCCGUAGCACCCCCUCCUGAACACAGCACUAAUUUGUUUAUUUAUAAGUCAAAAAUUGUUUAUAACUUUAAAACAUUGCUGAGACUGCUUAAAUAAUCCGAUUUCAAUUCUGUAAAGUGCAUUAGAUAGGUGGAGUGCUUCUUUAUAUGUAAAAAAAUUGGCAAAUUUUGUACGUUCUAGUUUUUGUUGUUCAAGAUUUUAAAAAAUUUUAAUUUUUUAAAAAAAAGUUUAGAUUACAAAACUAUUAUGUAAAAUCUAGUAAGUCAAUUUUAAUGAAACUUGGUGGACGGUUUUAGCACAUUAUAAAAAUUUUCUAAGCGAAUUAGGAAGGUUCCAAGUGUAAUCUAAGUGAUGGAAAAACAUUGAAUAAGGACAGGCUUGUUUUGCCCCCUUAUUUUAUAUUUAUUGCUAUUUUGCAGCAAGGGUGUUGAAUUAAGACAUUUUUAACCAAUCGUAUCUGAUAGAAAAUUUAAUUAUCUUUGUUUUAUUCCUAUACGACUUUGUUUCAAAAUUAAUCGUUUUAAAGUUAUAAGCAAAGAAAGUAGAAAAAAAAAACGAAAUUUUUUGAAAUUUUUAAAUAUUUUUUUUUUUUUAUUAAUGUUUCGGGCAUAUUUGAGAAGGAGCAUAAGUCAAUUAUUAUUAACGAAGUUAUCACCUAACUUUAUCCGCAAAAAUCCGAAUGCCGUCUCUCACAUCCACCUAAAAACAGAUCCUUCCUGGUCUAAAGGUAAUUAGCGUUAAUUACUUGUUAAUUUCGUUAUCAAAAUAUAUUUACGAAUAUUUAAAUUUACAAUCAAGAUGCAUUAGAAAUAAACAAACCAAGACACGUUAAAUGCAUUCCCGAAUCAUAAUUUACAAUGUAUAUAGGGUGUUUCAUUAGUAAUUGUCCAUAUAGUAACUGGAGAAACCUUAGCAGAAAAUAUGAAGAUUUAACCUAAAACACUUAAAUAAAAUAUUCCUCCUAACCGAGAUACAGAGUGUUUUAUUACAAAUAUCGUAAAAUUAUUUUAGCCCAUUGUUUUAACACCUUCCAAUAUUUUGUGUUCAAACUUGUCAAACGGUUUACACAUGUUAGAGUACUUUAACUAGUGUUAAAAGAUAGUUUUCCGCUGUUGCCAGAGGCGUGCUGUAGGGAUAUUCCUAAUUUUUCACCCUCACAAUCUACGCCACUGUCGUAAUAAUCAUUUCAGCAUGUUUUUUUUUUUUUAUUAUUUGUUACUUUUUACGUAAAUAUCAUCCUCUUAUCUCAAUGCGAUAGAGUGAGUAGUUUUCAAGUUAUUUGCGUUUAAAGGUAAAGGAUUCAAUAAGAUUAUGUUUAUUUUAAACACAUAAUCUGAUUAAUGUUUAAAAUGCAUAAUCUUAUUGAAUCCAUUACCGUUAAACGCAAAUAACUUCAAAACUACUCACUAUCGCAUUGAGACAAAAGGAUUAUAUUUAUGUAAAAAGUAACAAAGGAUCAAAAACAUGCUGAAAUGAUUAUUACGACAGUGGCGUAGAUUGUGAGGGGGGAAAAGGGGAAAAAUUAAGUAUAUAUCCCUACAGCACGCCUCUGGUAACAGCGGAAAACUAUCUUUUAACACUAGUUAAAGUACUCUAACAUGUGUAAACCGUUUGUCAAGUUUGAACAAAAAAUAUUGGAAGGUGUUAAAACAAUGGGCUAAAAUCAUUUUAAGAUAUUUGUAAUAAAACACUCUGUAUCUCGGUCAGGAGGAAUAUUUUAUUUAAGUGUUUUCGGUUAAAUCUUCAUAUUUUGUGCUAAGGUUUCUCCAGUUACUAUAUGGACAAUUACUAUUGAAACACCCUGUAUACAUACAUUGUAAAUCCCAAAUAAUGAAAUAAGUUUAUACAUUGUAAAUUAUGAUUCGGGAGUGCUUCUAGUAGCAUUUAACGUGUCUUUGUUUGUUUAUUUUUACUGCAUCUUGAAUGUAAAUUUAGUAUACAUAUAUCGGACUUUCGUAAAUCUCGGAUCGAUAUGAAGAUAUUUGAUACAUGAAUAAUGAUUCUAAACGACUACCCAGUGGAUUAGGAAUCGGAUUUAUUUAUUAAAGCGAAAUAGAUGUAUAAGGAGAGAAUUUCUCGCUCAUCUCGCCAGAAGGAAAGAAAGUGGCAGGAUCGUUUCGCUCAGCUCGUGUAGCUUAAGAUGGGAUUGUGACUCAUCCAAUUUGCCCAGCCCGCCAAGACGAUGGGGUUCGGAAGGUUUCGGAAUACGUUCAACUCACCUAUUAUACCUGGAUGGGUAUUCUUCGGUCAGCACAGAGAGAAUAAUCAAAUGGAUUUCUGUUUCUGCAUUUAUACUGUCAGAGACGGUAUAAAAACACGUUUUGCCUAAUACAUAGGCGUACUGUAGACGAUAAAAUUAUAUUAUCGUCACAAAGCAGAAUAACAGUCGAUUGGUGCAUUUUAAGAGAGAUAUAUGUUAAUCAGUAAAAAUUGUAUACUGUUUUAUCAUAAUCUUCAAGAAGUUAAUAAGUAUCUCAAUUUUAAAAGUUUAAACUAUGUCAAAUAGGACGCAGUUGCUGUUUUUUAUUCUUAGUAGCUAAGCUAAGAGAAUAUCCUGCAUUUUUAAUUUUUUAUACAAAAAAUCACUGUUAGUAUACAGGGUGUCCUCGAAAAUAGUGCGUUCCUCAAAGGUAUAGGUAGAAGGCACCCUGUAGAGCAAAAAAGUCAUAUCAUUUUUGUCUAAAUUCAACCGUUUGACCAAAAAAACGAAAAUACAUUUUGGUAUGCAAAUUGAAAUCUGGCAACUGCGUGCAGUACAAAAUCUAAAUGUGUUAUUUGCAAAAUAGUUAUUUUGUAAGUAUUAAGUUUAUAGAUGUUGACAACCUUGAAGUAAUAGUAAAUAAAAUAAAAUAAGGAAUUAUGUUGAAAACCGUAAGUUAUAAACGGGCUAUUCUUCAGCAGUGCUUUGACUGCGGACGACGUUGCCAGAUUAUUUAAUUUUCUGUAAAUAAAAAUUCACGUUAUAUGGCAAACAAUGUAUUUUUUGGAAACGGUUAACUUUUGAAAACAUGUUAUAGGACCGUUUUGUUCCUAAUUGUGAAUCAUAUCCAUACCUUAAAGGAAUGUACUAUUUUUGGGGACACUGUAUAAUUAAAAUGAAUGUAAUUUUAACAUAGUUUAGUACUUAAUCAUUUUAAAGAUGUUAUAAUCAUAUUAUUAUUACAUUAUAGACCACUGUAAUAAUUUGGAUUUAAAAUAAACACUUUGUACGCCUUUUGUAAUUAGUAAGUUUAAAAAAAUAAACCACAGUAUUUCUUUAUUUUCAUUUUAUUUGUACAUUUGUUGUAAACAAAAAUUUAUUCUUUAAUUCAGGUGCUAAAUUAUCUCGAAUUAAGAAAAAAUGUAAAUUCUAAUCCUGAGUUAUACGUUUGCAAUGAUCAUUUGUACGUAACUUGAUAUUGUUUGCUUUUUACACAAAUAUUGAUAAGUGAAAGAACGUAAUAGUAAUUUUGAUGACAAUGUAUGCGUAAAGACCGACAAUCGUUUUCAAAAAAUUCUGAAAUAAGAAUGAUUAAAUGUUUAUAAUCAGGACAUAAUAAUCUCUUAAUUUUUCAUUGGCGCAGCGCGCCAGAUAAUAUUCAAGUACAAAUGGCAAAUUUCAUUUUUUGUGUGACCAUAAUAAUUGUCAAAACUAGAAGCAGCAUUGACAGUGGUAAUUUUAUAUUUUGUAGUCUGUUACACUGUAUAAUCCGUACAAUAUAAAAAUUAUUAUCGCACUUAAGUUGCAUACGUUUUGAAGGAAAAAAAUCACUUUUUCAAAUAAUUGUUCUUUAGAAGCAAAAAAUGUAUUUUAUUUAAAAUUUAAACACAGGAAAUAUUGACAAUAAUUGUCGAUUUUUUCUUGCCGUUUUCUUUGUCCAGUCUUUUUUGCGGUUGGCAGAAUAUUUCGGUGCAGGUUCAUCUCAAAUCAAAAAUUUUGGCUGGUGAUUGAACGAAGGAAUUGAAAAAAAAAGAAAUUUAAAGUUUUGGAAUAAGUUUGAAUGAACUUCGUCUAAUAUUUUUAGCAUUUUUUCGAUUCUCAUCGUUUUUAAUUUUUUCUUUUUUUUUCCGUAUAAAACAAUUUAAUUCUAAAUCCCUUCGUCCAAUCAUGAAACAAUUCCAUAAAAAUAAACUGAGCAAAGUUUCAGCAAUAUUGGUCAAUUCGUUCUAGAGAAAUCGUGCCUACCGCACGGAAAAACAAAGUUUUAAGAAAAACAUGUUUAAAGUUGCUGAUUUACGCGGUAAAACCGCACCGCAUGCGUAUAAUAGAAAAGGCAGAGCGCAUGUACCGACCGCGCGGUAUUCAUAUUUGUAUAACUCCGUUAAUAUUGCUCGAAUUUACUUCAAAUUUGGUUUGAAUACUUUUGAAGUACUAUAAUUUCAUAUGAAAUACAUUUUUUAAAUAUGAGAUCUAUGGAACCCCUUAUGAAUAGCUGAAAUAAACUAACUGUUGCAGACUUCUGUGAUUGAAAAAAAUAAGAACAGUCAUUAGUAUUAUUCACUAAUUUUGAUUAAAACCUUCUAAUCAUUUUUUAAUAUUUGUGUAGAUAUGAACUUCUAUUACAUGUAUAUACUUAUGAGUGAUCAUUGUCACCAAAAUUAUAAAUAGGAUAGAAUUAAAAACAUAAUUAUUGUAAAAUAGGUUUUGAUUGUACAAUGGAUUACUAAACUCUGACAUCACGCGUGGAAAGGAAUUUCAUCAACUUGUCCAAUAACUUGAUAACACGUAAAAGCCCAUGAUGCAUAUUUUAGUUUAAUUAUAUUCUUAGUUUGUUUUGUAUAAUAAUUUAAAGAUUACACACAAUACAUAACAUAUAAGUAUGCUUAGAAUAGUGAUAAGCCUUUUUUUAUCCAUAUCAUAUGAAUAAAAAUUAUAAUUAAAAUAUGUAAUGUCUGGUUUCGAAUUCCGUUUGGAUGGGAAAUUGUUGUUUAUUAAAAAAUUUAAUAAAUGAAAAUAAUUUCUAUCCUUGUGGGAUCGAUACUCACCUGAGGGGCCGCAAACGUUUGGAUUCAAUAAUCCUCUCUUUGUAAAGGUUGACUUUACUAAAGUAACAAGAUAGUAUUCAACACACGCACUAAAUAUUACUCCCCUGAGCUAGUGAUAAACUAACUUAUCGUCUAACAAAUCAUUAUGAAAUUGACUGGCCCGUUGGUUGUGAAAACCAAUGCCAAUUAAACACAAAACACAUAGGGCUGUUUCACAUUAUAAGAAUUUUGAACGUGCGAGGGUUUUCUCGUGCGGUAGUUUUGACGCACUUGUCCUUUUCACACAAUAAGAAUUGAGUCGCACGAAGAUAUUUUGCUGUGUUGUUUGGUAUAUUAGUUUUAUUUACACUUUGUAGCUGAGGUAAGUACAUGAUACGAUGUCUGAUAUGUAUCGUUACAAAUGGGUAUUUUUUGUCCAUACUUUUGUCCUAAUGUACUGUAAUGCGAAUUUAAUAUUAACGUUUCGACAUCUGAUUUGGGCGUCGAAAUGUUAAUAAAAUUAUUUUUUUAGUUAAAUUGUGAUUAUUAUUUAGAAUUAGAUUAUUAUUUCCAUUUAGAAUAGUGUAUUAGAAAAAUGACACAAGGAAAUAGCUUCAGAACAACAUUACAAUCAUGUUUUUCAUGUACAGAAUUUAAAAGACACGCGUUACAGACAUUUCAUCCACUCGUUUUUAAAUAUUGUUUCCCUUGUUUUAAAUGUUUUUAGAUAAUUUCAUAUAAGACGCCCUACUCCAGUCUUCACUGAGUCGUUUACCCUAUAAAACUAAAUAUAAUUUCGUAGAAUAAAAGGUGUAGUUAUAUUAUACGGAGCGAAAUCAACACCAUUCCAAGCAUUUCUCGUCAAGUUUCUAUCUUUAUAUAUUCCUAUUGUUUUGUCCCAAAGAACAGGUCUCGCUUCAAUCUGAGACAUCAUAAUAUAAAAUAUAUGCACCUACUUCAAACAGCCACAAGGUGUAAAUGAAAAUAAUGUACCAAACAACCAAUGAAGCUACCUUCGUGCGACUGAACGACAGUAUCAUAUGAAAGGAUGCAUUAAGUUCCCUAGUGCUACUGAGUGCGUAAAGACAACACGGCUGCCGUCUGUAGUUCUUGUAGCAAGGGACGACAUAAACACGGCGACUUCACCGAACGUUUCAACCACCGUCUAGUGAGAAAGGCUCCAUAUGAUCACAUGAACCACCAUUAGAAUGUCUUCGUGCGUUCUAACCCUCACACGUUUAAAUUCUUAUAAUGUGAAACAGCGCAUACACGCAUUCAGAAAUCGUUGAUUCUUAAAACUUUUCACUUAUAAUCGAAUUUUAUUGUAAAUGCAUAAAAUCAACAGUAAACGUAUUGUAGGUUCCCUAUAACCUAUAACCCUAUAUUAACAGCUGUUUAUGGAAUAUUUUUAGGCCGAAAACUUUAGUAUGAAUACUACAAAAAAACCAAUACCUACCAAUAUCUACAACUAAAAUAUGUCUCAUGGGUGUUAAGGUGUAGAAGUUUUACUUUGUCUUGUAAUUAAGUUAAUAGUUCAUUUUAGCGCAAAAAUAUUUUUCGGCUUUAAAAAUUAAUUAAGUAUCUAGGAGGCAGCUUUGUACGGGAUCCAAAUCUAUGUCGACCUUCACCCAUCUGUUUACCGGAUGAAACAUUUUUUUUUAUUAAACUCCAUACAUUUUCAAAUACGACUUGAAUGGGGGUUGCCUAUCAAAAUCUUAUCAUAGCUCUCCUUAAGGGGGAUGUAGGGUUUGAAAUCAACAUUUCAAGCACAUUUAUGUGAAUUUUUUUUGAACGUAUGGUAGAAUUAUUUUAUUUUUAAAUUAAAUAAGCAUAUUCAGUACAAUUCAUAAAAUGUUCGAACAAAAAAUUCAAGGAAACAUAUUGAAAAAUAUGCCAAUGGUGGCAAAUUUUUAAAAGGCACCUCAAAAAACAAUGGAUUUUGCGGUGGACAUAAAAAUUUAUCACUAAAUUAUCAUAAAUCAUUAACAAAAAAAUCAAAAAGAUUUUAUUCGCUUAUACAGUGGUCGGCAAAGUGCGGUUCCGGAGCCGCAUGUGGCUCUUUGGCUCCUUAGGUGCGCCUCUUGUACAAAUAUCAACGGAAAGCGCAAUAAUAUUUUCCGUUAAUAAAAAUUGGUAGGAAAAUAAUUACGUCUUAUUCUGAUAAAUUAUUUUUUAUCAAGCUUACAAACUUUAACAUUUGUCAAAAAUCCUCUUAAUGCUACAACAGAGUUGAAAUUUUCUCUUUUUGAAAUUGGCAUUAGUAGAUUUGAAAUACAAUUUCUGGAUUUAAAAAACAGGGAGGUAUGGCGCUUUAAAUGCGAACGUCUUUGUGUUCAAUUGGAAAUGUUGGAGAAGAAAAAAUAUUCACAACAGAAGAAGUGGUCUGCUUUGAAUGGCCUGGAAAAGGAAGAAAUAAUAAUUUUCAACGCUUGGAAUAAUAUUCCUAAUUCUUAUGAUCAGCUAAAAAAGCUCACGUUCGCUGUUCUUUCCCUUUUCGGUUCUACAUAUCAACAUUUAAAAAAAAAAUAGGAUUUUGCUCCAAAAAUUUUGUAAAAAAUACAGUGUUGUAGGAAAUAAAACCCUAAAAAACGAAAGAAAAUAGAAGUUUCUACGAUGAUUAGAAACGAAGAUCGCCAAAAAACGAAAAAAUACAUUUUUAUUUUUUGGGGAGUCAUGGAUGGAACUAGGGGUUUAAACAUUUUUUUGGUCGUAUACUUUUUGAUGUAGUGGUUUUGGUGUAGUGAACACGUGGUUCUCUUAUUUUUGGAAUACCGCUGGGAGCAUUUUUCACUAUCUUAACCGACUGACUAGACCCUUUUAGCGUAAUAAAAGUUUGCUGAACAACGAGAUUUGGCUCCCAAUUUUUUUUUAAAUUGUUGUAGUGUUCAUAUUUGGCUCUUUGGCUAAAAAGUUUGCCGACCACUAGCUUAUGAGUUUCUCUUGAUAACGCUGUAACUUUUUUUUAGUUUUAACGAUUUUCGAUAUCACUCAGAAGUCAAAACAACGAUUUUUUUUGCAAAAAGUGUGAAAAUUAACAUAUUUAUUGUUGUUAACCAAAAAAUAAGCAUAAAACAAAAAUAUCUCGGCAACGUUACCUCACAAAAUUUCUAAAAAAUAUACAUACAAAACUUCAUGUGGAUGUGGAUGUCCAUCGUCUUUGAAAAAGGAAAUUUUGAAGAAAAAAACGCGUCUAAAAUUUUUUCAAAUUUUAUUUUCAAUUUCUUUUUUGUGUGUCAAAGCGUAAAGUGAUGCACACCGAAACAUGUUUUUGAAUCGUGAAGUAACAAACAACGUUAACUAAACAAAGAUAAUUAACAUUUUUUUAAUUACGGUAGGUGGAGGUAUGGUUUGAGUUAAAUGUCCUCACCUUCAACUCGCUUUGCAGCAGCUUCUAAGCGUUGUGAGAAACGUUCAACAGCUGUUCUUUUUUUAUAAAUUACUGCGAGAUUCAAAAACACAUUCCGGUGUGCAUCACUUUAAGAUUUGACAGAUCAAAACGAAAUUGAAAAUUUUAAACGCGUUUUUCUCAAGACUCCUCAACAUAUACCUUAAAGAUAGCUAUGAACAUAUUUUGAUAGGCAAACAAUGCAGCACUUAUGUGUCUAUGUAUGAAAUUUAAUAAAAAAAAUUGUUUUCAUCAGUUAGGUGAAGGUUGGCCUAGAUUCGUAUCUUAGACUAUUAGUAUUGUAAUGAUGAUAAGCAUCAACUGAGUAAUUUUUAUCUAGAUUGAGACUGCUUCUUAAAUAAAUUCGACUGGUGAAGCAAAGUAUUAGCUGUGAAAUAACUUAAACAUAUAUAAAUCUAAAUUAUCCUUUUAGAGCUUCUUAUACAAAUCAAGUGUUACAUUUUUAUGGACCAUUUUUAUAGGUAUAUAGAGUAUCAUAUAUUUAAAGCCGGGCUUUGCAUACAACUUUGGAUUUUUCCUUGUAGAAGUAAAGUUGUUAAAUUGUGUUUGCCAAGUCCAUAAUUGAAGAAAUAUAUACUGUGCAGGAAACUAAUUGUGGACUGUAGAAGAUAUUUAUUUUUACAUAGAUCGAAUGUUUCUUUAAUUACGCUACAAGUAAAAAUAUUAGACAAAAAUACAUAAUUGGUAAAAAAUGUCUCUGUAAUUAAUAAAUUAAUAUUGUUUCGGGUAGCAACCCGAUAGAUCCAUUUAUCGUCGGUUGUAAUCACCGCUUCACAUUCUAAAUGAAUCCACACGUUGAUGAACGGGAUUGGACACUAUGAAAUCCCAAACAUAUACGUUCAUUGUUUUUCAUUCUUAUUGUAUUGAACUCAAUUUAUAUGAGGAAAGAGAUGAGGGAAACAUCGGAAGCAUCUGAUUGUACUUGUGGUUUUGGUGUGCUUUCCUAACUGUCAGCAGUAAUUAACUCCUAUUAGCAACUCCCAAAUAUUUAGUUUUAAUUAUAUUUACUCCGUGUGGAGAGAAGAUCUAGUACAUAACAGCCCUUUUUUCGUUCCUCUCUACUAUCAACUCUUAAGGGAGUGUUCUGCGCCAAGAGACCAAGACAAAGUUCUCUUAAAACAAAGUAAAUAUAUUUAAGAUAUUUAUAUACGGUUCAAAAUAAAUAAAAUCAAAUAUAAGUCUAUCUUAUUACUGUCAUCAAAACAUAAUAGUAAUAUUAAAACCAUACAAUACACAACACGAUCCGUAUAUACAAUAACAAUCUCGCUACAUGGAAUCAACCUAUCUACACAUUCAGACUCGGUGACAUCGCAUAUCAAUUCAAUGCGAUAACAUUGAACAGCGACACAAAGUCACCCGUCCAUCGUUACUACCGCUCACUGCGGUAACGGUUCCGGUGGAACGCCACGUCAAUACUGCGGCACCUACCUAGGCAUUGAGCUAUUCCUAAUUCAACACGUCAGGAACAACUGAUCCUAUGAUUCUCCUUCUCGUCUUAAAUACGCUCUCCGUGCCACUUCUCCUUGUGUUUCGUCUAGUGGGGUAUCCGCCAGCACGGAUACUCCUUCGAUCAUCUACAGUCGACCGGCCCCGAUCGCCAGCUGUGGAAUCAUAUUACAAAUCAAUGAUUCUAAAGUGAUGCAAGGCCGGAAUAUGAUUUUGAAUCACGGAGUAAUCUAGAAAAAAGAAAGGAAGCACCUGUUAAACGUUCGCACUACGCUCAAGCGCGAUGGCACUAAGCCGGUGCAAAACGAGUCGAAGGUAGGCUGCAUAAUAUAACCCAAAAGCAAAAACUACCGUUACGCGGUAUUUUUAAUUUGAGCACAUUGAGACAAAUAUUUGAUAUUGGCCCAGAGAUGAAAGUGUUAAAUGUUGCUAUUAAAUUGGAAAUACAAAUAUUAACUAGGAAAAACACGUAAAUAUCCUUGCAGUAUAUAGAGCCUUUUCCCAAGUAACUAUGAUAACCUCGUAUAUGUUGACAUACGUGUUUUCAUCUAAAAUGAGGUUGUGUUUAUGAUUAUUUACGAGGUUUUCAUUUUUCAUAACUUAUUGCACACCUCCAAAUAUUAGGUAGAUACAGUACAAAUCUUUUGAUUUAAGGUUCAUAAAAUGUUUCUAUAUACCGGACUACCUUUUAUUGUUCACAAAAAACAUUUCUCUAAGUCGAAUCUCUCAAACAAACACUCCAAAUUAAGUACCAAUUUCUUGGUUAUAAAUAUACGUGGUAUUCACACUAAGUCAAGAGAGCAAUUAUACGUGGUUUCUUUUUUCGGCUGUAGAAAAUAGUCUGGUGUAUUUGGAUUUUUGCUAACAGUUGUAAAUCGUGAGAUACAAGGUUUUCAAACUAAAACCACCAAAAUAUCAUUUUCGAAAAAAAAAUGAGAUACGAAGUUUUCACACUAAGCCAACGUAAUAUCUGAAUAAUAAGUCAAUAUCUUAAAUACAAUAAUUAACUCGUUUUGAACUUGGCAACCAUUUAACGCCUGUUACUGUAUUAUAAUUUUUUAUCGUAUUUUGACAAACAAUCAUACGUAUUAAAUCAAAUCAUAAAAUAAAGAAAAAUACAUUUUUCCAGUUAAAAUUCGUUUCAUGAUAAUAUGGCGUAUACCAUAAAGAUAUUUAGGAUACACGUUACGUUAGAAGUAAAUAUUGGUUCUUUAACCUUCCGAUGACCAACCUUUUUUUGUUACACGGAUGACCAACGGGGGUAAAAAAUGACCCCAAGUCAAAAAUGACAAUUGACAAAAAAAUGAAGUUGUUUUAAGAAAUGUAAUAAUGUAUUCGUAAUUUUAAUGUUACUAUUGUAUAAAUAAAUUAUAAAUAAACAUUAGUAAAACAUAUUUUUAAUUACAACUGAACAAAAACAGGAAUCAUCAUUCUGAACUUAGAACUAAAGAAAUUUUCAAAUAUACACUAAUUACGUCGCCACAGGUUUAGCAAACCAUUUUUUUUUUUUCAGUAGGUAUUGAAAUGUUUCUUACAUACAAUUCCACAUAAUAGACGGUAUUUACUUAAUAUAAAAUUGGAAUAUGGAAGGCCAAGGCAGUUCGUCUUUGACCCCAAAUUCAGAAACUAUUUUUUUUUUUUCGUAAAAUAUAGGGAUUUUUUUUUAUUACAAAAUAUGAGGGUAUCUAGAAUGAUAUUAAAGUCAAAUAAAAAAAUAAUGAGUUUAAAAUUGAAAAUAUUUCUGAAUUUAUUAAAUAAAAACAUGCAUUGGGGUCCAAAUUUACCCCUCUUGGUCAUCCGAGGGUUAAUAGCAAAUGAUCUUCGCUUCAAUCACGUACAGUUAAAACUGUAUAAGAAAGUUAUGUACAUAUAUUUGGACACAUAAAAUUCCAGAUUCUGGUCAUAACAUGGUAAUAGAAAAAAUCUGGUCAUAUUACGGCAUUGCUAUCAUUUGAGAGUACAUAUUUUCUUAAUAUUAUUCGUGUUAUAAUGUAUUUUUUUAUUUAAAAUAUCCAGAAGUAUCAACAGUAUUAUUCAGAAUUGUAUAAAAUAUUACGUUGUUCUAUUAAUUGAUUAUAUAAUUUGUCAAAAUACGAUGAGCUAAAAAUAGUUUUGAAAAGAAAUUAGUUUUCCCCCACUAUUUAUAUGUAUAUACAUUUCAUGUCCAUUUUUCUUGUAACUGUAAGUAUUCUUGUAAAUGUGUGAUUGUAUGUAAUAUUUGUUAUUUUAUUAUCAGUUGGUUCUGGUAUUGGCUUACCUGAAAACUAGAAAAGAAAGUACAGAGAAUUAUUGUAUCAGUUAUACUUAGUAAUUUAUAAAGAAAACCAAAAAAUAUAUAAUGUAAAAAUGCUAAAAUAAAUAGAAGCAAUUUAUAUAAUUGUAAACUUAAAUAAACGUUUUUUUUAUAAGAAUAUUUAUAUUGCUUACAGUAGAAAUCAGUGUUGAGAACUUCACAGUAUUGAGAAAAUGUUUUAUGAAAUAAAUAAAGAACGGAGUAGUAAUAUCUGAUAUACUUCCUUUACACUUGUGCUUGGUAUACACGACAACGAUUUAUCGUAGUAAUGUGACUGUGCAGUUCGCUGGUUCAGUUUACCGAACGUCCAUUGAGUGUCCACAGGUCUCCAAAAUUUGCAUCGAUCAUCAGUUCCCUCUGUCGAAGCUCAGACUAUAAACAUGUCAUCCGUGAUAGAGGACGUGCUUGCGACAGCCUGCCUUAUUUUGUGCAAAAACAGAUAGUCCAGAAAGCCACUGCGCAUCCGCUAGAAAAAAUAUUCCGAUUCGGAUUUUUUGCACAGUCUUACUCAAAAAGGACCCUUUUAACAAAUUUGCAUGUUGCCAGGACCAAAAGAGGGUCAAAAAUUUUUGAAACGUUUUUUUUUGUUUUUUUUUUCCUAAAAUUAUUUUUUUUGCAUGGAACAAAGUUUUUUUAGGUUUUUUGGAUCAUUCCAAACAGAAAAGGUCUUUAGUGACUUUUCUCUAAAGUUGAUAGUUUUUGACAUAUAAGCGAUUAAAUAUUGAAAAAUUGCGAAAUCGGCCAUUUUUAACCUUCAAAAACUAUGUGAAAAACUUAAAAUUUGAAUGUUGCCGAGGUAGGUAGAUAUUCUUUAAACAUCGAUUGAUGAAAUCCCGAAGAGUUUUUUGCAAUACAGUAUUCAGAACUCCUUUGUUUUUUAAUUUCUAAUCACGCGUGCGCGACACUAUUUUCCACCGUUGCAGGUGUAUACAGUAUGGUGCAAAUGAAAGGAAUAAAUUCGUUAUUUCGUAAACCUGCGACUUUAGGGAAAAAACCCGAAACAGGUCGAUUUUUAUUUUUAAGUUAUGAUAUUGUGGCAUAUAUGGUAUACUAGUGACGUCAUCCGUCUGGGCGUAAUGACGUAAUCGAUGAUUUUUUUAAAUGAGAAUAGGGGUCGUGUGGUAGCUCAUUUGAAAGGUUUUUCAAUUCUCUAUGCAGUAAUGUAAACAUUUACAUAAUUAUUUAUACAUGGUGUUCAAAAAAAUUUUAUUUAAUUAAAUUAUUUGACAUAAAAAAAGUAGAAGGACACCCUGUAUAAAUAAUUAUAUAAAUGUUUAUAUUAGUGCAUAGAGAAUUGAAGAAUCUUUCAAAUGAGCUAGCACACGACCCCUAUUCUCAUUUAAAAAAAAACCAUCGAUUACGUCAUCACGCCCAGAUGGAUGACGUCGCUAGUAUACCAUAUAUGCCACAAUAUCGUAACAUAAAAAUAAAAAUCGACCUGUUUCGAGAUUUUUGCUUAAAGUCGCCGGUUUACGAAAUAACGAAUUUAUUCCUUUCAUUUGCACCAUACUGUCGGUGGAAAAUAGUGUCGCGCAUGCUUGAUUAGCAAUUAAAAAACAAAGGAGUUUUGAAUAGUGUAUUGCAAAAAACUUUCCGAGAUUUCAUCAAUCGAUGUUUAAAGAAUAUCUACCUACCUUGGCAACAUUCAACUUUUCAAUUUUUCGCAUAGUUUUUGAGAGUUAAAAAUGGCCAAUUUUGCAAUUUUUCAAUUUUUAAUCGCUUAUAUGUCAAAAACUAUCAACUUCAGAGAAAUGUCACUAAAGACCUUUUCUGGUUGGAAUGAUCCAAAAAACCUAAAAAAAACUUUGUUCCAUAAAAAAAAAAUUUGACCCACUUUUGGACCUGGCAACAUGCAAAUUUGUUAAAAGGGGCCCUUUUUGAGUAAGAUUGUGCCAAAAAUCCGAAUCGGAAUAUUUUUCCUAGCGGAUGCGCAGUGGCUUUCUGGACAAAGAAGAAAAGGAGUCUGUGGUGUAAGGAUUGGCUUCUCAAAAGAAGACAUACUCUCACCUAAAGACUAUAGCGGGAUAAAAUGCUCAAAACUACCCCCGCAACUAUCAGUCCCGCGACUUUGAUAAAGCGCGGGGCUGUGAUUUUGAUAAGGCAUAUAAAAUUUGCCUUCAUACAACUUUCUAGCUUUACAGAGGCCAUAGAACCUCUUGAACAGAGAAAAGUGCCUUUUUCCGACUUUAUUUUUUGUGAGCGCAAUUUUGCUUUAAAAAAUCUUAAAAAAUUCAAGGAGAUGUAUCUUUUGAAUAAAAAACAGUCUGAUUUUUUCAGAUUUUUUAAUUGAAAAUUGGGCCUAGCAAAAAUUAUUGAAACUUUCAAUAUUUUUUGGGUUAUGUUAAGAAUUUUUGGCUUACUUUUGAAUAGCAAUUUCUUGUGUAUUUUUUUUUCGUUCUUUUGAAUGGCAGAUGCAGAAUUUUUAAUUGGUGGCUCAAGUAGCCAAUGCUUCAGCCACUCUAAAUCUGAAAAUACUUAAAUAAGGGAUAACUUUAAUGUAGUAAAAGCGUUUAAAUACGAAUCAGAAUGAAACAGGCCAGAAGCACAUUUACAAAAAUGAAGAGGCUUCUCUGCUGUCGAGACUUAACCUUGAGUUAAACAUAUGCCUGCUAUCCACAUUAUAUUACGGAAUGGAAUGACGCGAUGAUACAGGAGGCAUUCGAGAUGUGGAUGUACCGAAGAGUGCUGAAGAUCUUAUGGAUAGAUAGAAUAUCCAACGUAGAGGUAAUGCUGUGCAUAAGGAAAGAUAAGUAAGACUACCAAUUAAGAGAAGAAAACUGAGAUAUAUGGGACAUGUCCUGAGAGGAGAUAAACAUCAUAUCCAGGGCAUUGUGCAAGGAAAAUUCCAGGAAAAAAAGAUUCAUAGGAAGGAGACGUAACUCAUGGCUGAAGAACUUUAGGGAAUGGUUUAGAUGUAAUAACAACGAAUUAUUUAGAGCUGCGGUCUCAAAAAUAAAAAUCGCUCUGAUGAUUGCCAACCUCGAAGCGGAGACGGCACCCAGAGAAGAAGAAAAAUACAUGAUCUCUCCCUGUUCGAGCUUUUCAUGUUACACAUAUCUGUAGAUAUUUGCAGAGGAAAGGUUUGGAUCGAAGUGUCACAAGAGUAGCGGUUGUACAUGUUAUACUGGGCGACUUACAGAAGUAUUCCUUGAUUUUCGUUUCCAAUAUAAGAAAAUCUGUAUUGACAUUUUGGACAAGGUCCUACAUUAACCUAUCACCUAUAUCAGCGUUUUGGACAUAACAAAUUGAAGGAAACCAAAUAUUGAUUACUAUUUACUUGUUGAAAUAUACAAUAGUUCAAAUACGUUAAAAUUGAAUAAUGGAUAAGAUACAAGACAACAAAGCUAUUAGUAAAACUUGUGAUGAAAUUAGUUUAGUAUUAGAUGAAUAGUUGUCAUUAAAAAUAUACGUUAUUUUCACUGUUAUAAAUUUCAAAUAAUGAUUUAUGACAUCACCUGAGACACUGAAAAACAAUAAAUAACUUGUAAGCUUUUAAUAAAUCCAUUUAGGGACCACAAAAUACACAUAACGAAUUUCUAAGCAAACAUUUGUGAACCAAAGUUUUACUAAUUUAAACCGAUGCUAUAAUUCUCGUACUAUAUCUAAUAGCCAGAAUCAUUCAGUCUUAUGGUAUACCUAUUAUGAUAAUAUACUAUACCUGCAUUCAAAUUAUAUUUUAUAUACAUUUGUAAUUGAUUGCAAUACAGAUAUUUAUAAACUUA